AAUACAUCCGCCCCUUAUUCCACUUCUGUAAUAUCUCCAAACUCGUCUCCCAAUUUCCCUCCCAAAAAUGGCGAUUUCUUUAGCGGCGGCAGUCACCACAACCGCCGUCCGGCUAUGUCCUCCUUCUUCACCUGAUAGCUCGAAGCUUUCACACUUUUCUUCUCUUCAGUUCCCGUCGGAGCUCCGAAAUUUCCGGAGCCACCACGUUAAAUCUCGCCUGCGACGUCGUACGCUUGCUCUGGUUGCAUCGAAGAACCAGACAUUUUCUUCAUUUGAUGAGUUGUUGGAAAAAUCUAAUAAACCAGUGUUGGUGGACUUCUAUGCUACUUGGUGUGGUCCUUGCCAGUUCAUGGUUCCUGUACUGGAACAAGUCAGUGCUUCACUGAUAGAUAAGAUCCAAGUUGUGAAAAUCGACACAGAGAAAUAUCCCGCCAUUGCUGACAAGUAUCAGAUACAGGCAUUGCCUACAUUCAUCUUGUUCAAGGAUGGGAAACCAUUUGAUCGCUUUGAGGGUGCAAUGGGUGCAGACCAGCUGAUCGAACGUGUCGAGGCUUCCCUUCAAGUUAAACAGUAGCUCUGUGGAGGUACCCUUCCAAGGCAUGCCAACUGUUCACAGUCCCCGGGCUCUUCAAGUAAGCCGACUUCCCCGUGUCGAUCCCCAGCUCCUCCCCGACCUCCGUGUACCCUAGCAACGGGUAGGUUGGGACAACGUCUCUCGCGUUCCUCACCCUCAGGAUGUAAAGAUUCUGUAAAUUUGAGAAGAAUGCCUUGAAAUUGUCGUCCCCCACGCGUGGGCUGGCAAAGAUGAAGGCUGUGACGGGGCACGCCUUGUUGGGCAUGCCCUUGGGCUUGUUGUAUCCAUUUGUGACAAUGUCAAUUGCAUUCAAAGUAGCAACUGCAGCACCUAAGCUGUGUCCAGUUAUAGUUAAGCUGAUCUCCUCAUUCUUGUAUUCCUCUACAAGUCUCCUCACCUCAGCCAAAACCUAAUCACAGACAAAAACAAAUUGCUUUGUCACAAGUUGUUUUUCUCACAACAAUUUUAUCAACAAUGUAAUUGCCCUAAAAUACACGAACUCUGGGUCGUUCUUGGUUUUUCACAUGAAC